ACACAACUAUUAUCCAUAGACCAAAUAUUCACAUUCUUUUGCUACAUUGUGUAAAAUUCAUCAAAAUAAUUCACACAAAAAUGGCAAUUCUUGACAUGUCUAAGAGAGAACCAUCAUCACCAUCGACUCCACGGAGAGCCAAGAAAAGCCUUUUUUCUUUCACCAAAACGAACUCGUCCCUCUCUUCCUUUUCCGGUCAUAUACCUCCUCAGAAACCUUCGCAGACAUUCUCCCAAUCAAUCAUGGAGGAAAACAUUGAUAAUGCCGAGACCAUUAUCAAAAAAUGGGAUCAUAAGGAAUCCCCGUCCGAGGAAUUCUCUUCACUUUUUCAACAAGACAGAAAAGAAGCCAGAGACUUCAUCCAAUGUGUCAAAGACUUAAAAAGAGCCAUGCACUUUCUUGUUACUGAGAAUUCAACUUGUAACAAACUUGUGCUAGCACAAAACUUGAUGCAAAUAGCCAUGAAAAGACUAGAGAAAGAAUUCUACCAAAUUUUGUCAACAAACAAGGACCAUUUAGAUCCCGAAUCAGUGUCUAAGUCUAGUCAAUCCUCUCACUUAACGCGGUCAACUUCAGUUGAUUUGCAAGAAGCAUGCGAAUCAACUGACUCCGGAGAUGAGAUUCAGGCUAUGUGCGAAUCAACUGACUCCGGAGAUGAGAUUCAGGCUAUGUCUGAUCUAAAAUUGAUCGCGGAUUGUAUGAUCGCCUCUGGCUAUGCAAAAGAGUGUUGGAAAAUCUACAAAAUUAUCAGAAAGUCAGUUGUAGACGAAGGGCUAUAUCGUCUUGGAAUUGAACCGCGUAGCUUAUCCCAAAUUAACGCGAUGAAACCAAAUGUUCUCGAGCAUCAAAUCAAAAAUUGGAUCGAUGUAGUAAAAGUCGCGAUAAAAACACUCUUCCACGGAGAGAGAUUUCUAUGCGAUUAUGUAUUUUCAACCUCCGAAACAAUCAGAGAAACAAGUUUUAGUGAUCUAGCUAAAGAAGGCGGAAUCAUUCUGUUUAAAUUUCCAGAGCUUAUUGCAAAAACCAAAAAAUCACCUGAAAGGAUUUUUGUUCUAAUGGAUUUACACGGAGCAAUCACGGAACUCUUACCCGAGAUCGAAUCAAUCUUUUCGUAUGAAUCGAUUAAAGCAGUCAAAAUUCAAGCCCAAGCCUCUCUUCACAAACUUAAAUCCUCAAUCCUAACAAUUCUCUCCGAUUUUGAGUUAUCAAUCCAGAAAAAUUCCUUAAAAACACCAGUUCCAGGUGGCAGAAUUCAUCCGUUAACCAAUUCUGUUAUGGAUUAUAUAGCUUCAUUGGCAAACUAUAGUGGAGUUCUCUCUGAUAUCAUACCUGACUCAGCCACAUCAGCGCAAUCCUCAUUUCCUGAAACUUACGAGACGCCAAAAAGUUCAGCAGUAUCUGCUAGACUUGCUUGGAUCGUCCUCGUUCUUCUUUGCAAACUCGAUACCAGAGCUGAGCUGUACAACGAUAUCGCCUUAUCGUAUCUCUUCUUAGCUAAUAAUAUCCAAUUCGUAGUCGAGAGGGUUUGUGUAAGUGCCCUGAAGUGCAUUUUAGGAGAUGAAUGGAUAUUGAACCUGGAGAGAAAGGUAAAGUUGUAUUCAACAAAAUACGAAAAUGUGGCUUGGAAUAAGGUGUUUUUGUGCCUGCCUGAAAGUUUGGAUCCCUCGUUGCCACCCGAUACGAUAAAGGGACAUUUCAGACGAUUCAAUGAAUCGUUUGAAGAAUCGUAUCGGAGACAGAAAUCUUGGGUGGUUCCUGAUGGGAAACUACGAGACGAAAUCAAAGUGUCGAUUGCAAGAAAAUUGGUGCCUGCUUAUAGGGAUUUUUAUGAUUACUAUAUGGUAGCGUUGAGUGGGCAAAACAAUUUGGAGGUUUUAGUGAGAUUUUCACCUGAUAAUAUAGGGAAUUGCUUGUCUGAUCUGUUUCAUGAAAAUGUGAGGUCAGGGAGUUUAUUGUCAUCAACAUCAUUGCCAAACUCUUGUGUUUGGCAAUGUAUUUCUUAAUUGUUCGUGAUCAUUGACAAGAUCUGGACAUAACUGUUUUCUUGAAUAAUGUAUACCAAAUACUACCAAGUUUUUGAUUUCAAUAUUAAACUUCUCUCCCUGAAAAUGGUUACGCACCAGUAACGUUCCUCCAUACCCCUAAGUGCACACAUUUAGGAGUAGAACACUUUAACUAUAAGUAGUAGAGCCAACCUUGACUAUUUUACCGAAUACCUGCUACAUCCUAUCAAUACAGAUGCCA